AUGAAAUUCCGCGAUGGGAUGUGGCUGGUGAACGACCGUUUCACAGUUCAACAUGCGGAAGAAGUUUAUACCGUCACGCCUCACGAAAACAACAAAGCGGUCACACUCUUAUGUCCAAGUAGGAAGAUCUUCACAAGAGGUGACACUUUAAAUCUGAGCACCAUCUCCAUCGACAUUGAGGCUCAAUUUGAUGGCGUUAUUUCGCUCGAAGCCACGCACUUCGCUGGUGCCAGGCGUCUAGGUCCAAACUUUGAUCUAUACCCAGCAGGCAAACCCAACUGUACGGGUGAGAUUAGCAAGACCGAGAAGGGAACUACGGUCGUUUCAGGCGGAUUGAGCGCGACUGUUAGCUCUAAUGAGCAUACGUUCGACAUCAAAUUCCAUGCAACGGACGGGUCAAAGACGUUGACUUCACUUCUCAACCGAAGCGUCGGGUUAGCGUACUCGCCAGCUCUUAGUACACCCAAGCUUGUGGAAGAUCUGAGUGCACAUAAACAUUAUAUGUUCACUCAGACUGAGUUGGGUGUUGGCGAAACUAUUCACGGCCUGGGUGAACGUUUUGGUGCUUGGAACAAGAUCGGUCAGAAUGUCGAGGUAUGGAACGAGGACGGGGGUACUUCAAGCGAGCAGGCGUACAAGAACGUGUCAUUCUGGCUGAGCUCGAAGGGUUAUGGUGUCUUCAUCGAUACACCCGACAAGAUCGAUAUGGAGAUCGGCAGCGAACGAUGCUCAAGGUUGCAGACUACAGUUGAGGGACAGCGUUUGAAAUGGUACCUUAUCUACGGACCAACUCCUAAAGAAGUGCUGACUAAGUACUCCAUUCUCACUGGCAGAUCGAAUAGAGUUCCAGCGUGGUCGUACGGUCUCUGGCUCAGCACAUCGUUUACAACAUCUUACGAUGAGCAGACAGUCCGUCAUUUCGUCGAAAAGAUGUCUGAUUCCAAGAUACCAGUCGAAGUGUUCCAUUUUGAUUGCUUUUGGCUCCGUGCUUUCCACUGGUGUGACUUCAUCUGGGACCCCGAAAGCUUUUCAGACCCGGCAGGUCAGAUCAAGCGCAUGAAGGACGACGGACUUAUUAACAAAGUCAGUGUUUGGACGAAUCCCUACGUUGGUCAGGCAAGCCCCGUGUUUAAGUAUGCUGCCGAGAAAGGCUAUCUGCUGAAGAAGACGAACGGAGAUGUAUGGCAGUGGGAUCUUUGGCAGACCGGCAUGGGGAUCGUCGACUUUACAAACCCGGAGGCUUGCGAUUGGUUCCGCGAGUGCAUGGAGAAACUCUUCGAUGUGGGUGUGAACUCUAUCAAAACGGAUUUCGGCGAACGUAUACCCACGAAGAACGUCCAGUGGCAUGACAAAAACGUGGAUCCAAGUCGUAUGCACAACUACUACGCUUUCAUCUACAACAAGCUGGUCUAUGAGGCAGUGCAGAAACGAGAGGGUGAACACGAAGCGAUAUUAUUCGCGCGCACGGCUUGUGCGGGAUCACAGCGCUUUCCGCUCCACUGGGGCGGUGAUUGCGAGUCGACGCCUGCUGCACUCUCUGAAUCGGUGCGCGGAGGGCUAAGUAUCGGGCUUGCAUCCUUCGCAUUCUGGACAAGUGAUAUUGGUGGCUUCGAAGGAAGCCCACCACCUUGGAUCUACAAGCGCUGGGUUGCCUUCGGACUGCUCAAUUCCCACAGUCGACUUCACGGUUCGAACUCAUACCGUGUACCAUGGCUAGUCGACAACUCAUCAGCAGAGCCUGAAAACUGCACUGAGGUCCUCCGACACUGGGUGCAGCUCAAGCGCAGCCUCAUGCCAUAUCUCUUCGCACAGGCCGAAGAGAGCGUCGCUAAUGGCUGGCCUACUAGCGUUCGUGCGACAGCUCUUGAGUUUCCAGAUGACCCAACAUCCUGGUAUGUGGAUCGCCAAUUCUUUGUUGGCAGUCAGAUCCUAGCUGCCCCUGUCUUCGAAGAAGACGGCAGCGUUGAGUACUACCUGCCACCCGGUCGUUGGUUCAGCUUUUGGGACGGCAAAGAAGUAGAGGGUGGCAGGUGGAUCAAGGAGAAGUAUGGCUUCCUCCAAUUGCCGUUGUUUGUCAGAGAAGGCACUGUGUUGGUGCUCGGACAAGCACAAGGCGAGGGCGGCUUUGGCUAUGACUGGCUCGCUACUGGUGGUGAAAUUAGACUGUAUGGCGUGAGGGAAGGUGACAAAGCGAUUUUGGUGGAUAACAAAGGCGAACAGAAGGGCGUCCUAGAGGUCAACGCCGAUGGUGAGCUCAAGGGUGGGGAUGUACUGGGUGGGGAUUGGAAGGUCUCAAAGCUAGGAUAG